AUGGAAGUUCAUGUAAUCUCAAAGCAGGACAACCGGCAGCAUGCGACCUUCGCCGUCCCCGAAGCUUCCCUGCCAAAGCUGGCCGCGUCUUCGAUUCGCGUGCGCCCCGCGGUCAUUAGCCUGACUUCGAACAAUUUGACGUAUGCAGGAAUGGGUGAUAGUCUUCACUGGUGGGAUACGUAUCCCGUCCUUGAGAACUAUCCAGCCCCGUACAAUGACAGCUCAGCCUGGGGCAUCGUUCCUGCUUGGGGAUUUGCCACAAUUCAGGAAAGCAACAUUCCCGAAUUGCCCAACGGAACCAUGCUCUAUGGGUUCUGGCCGACAUCGAGCGCGCUGACAGACCUCAAGCUGGCACCAUCCGAGCCACAGGGCUACUGGACUGAAGUCAGCGAGCACCGAAAGCAGCUGAUGACCAUCUAUAACAUCUACUGCGUGGAGCCUUCCAGCCGUGAUACUCCCAAUGCGCAAGACGAGCUCGAGCGCCUGGGGUGGUCAUCAGUCCUCCGUGCCAUCUGGUCGGCAGGAUAUGUGCUCAGCGAGCAUGUCUUCUCGGCUCACCCGCAGACCCAGCCCUCAAUUCACCCCCUCGGUAACGAGGUAGGAUUAGACUGGACAGCCGACGACGGCGACCUGACUUCGGCCGUUGUGGUCAAUCUGGGCGCGUCAACGAAGACAGCUCGUGUGUUUACACACCAUGCAUCGCGACGAGCACAAGAUGUCGGACCCCUCGGGCUUCUCCAAGUAACCUCCGCCGUGUCAGGACUCUCGCAGGCCAUGGAAAACCUGUCUCCCAAGUUUUCCACGCGCACGAUUGACUACUCCGAUAUCAAGGCUGAGGGAACCGCCGACUGGCUGAGCGGCCUCAAGCCCUCGAAGAUCGUCAUUCUCGAUUAUGGCGCCCGCGGGAAUGCAUUGGAGCCGCUGCUGGAGCUCAUCCGGACACACUCUAAUCUGAAGUCUUGUAAGGUGGUGAUUAUUGCAAUCGGACUUGAGCAAAAGGUAUACACCAGCGAGGAGAUGCAGACAGUUGGCAAGAACAUGGUGCAGCUGGGGAAGAUUCAGUUUAAUACUUCCGGUGUUCGCGACACGCUGAUGAAAUCCAUGUCUCCGGCGAAGUUCUUUGAGGUUUUGAAUGAAGCGUGGAGACAAUUGCUGGCCGAUCGCACAACAAGUAUACCAGACAUGAAUCUCGUGUGGGGCAAGGGGGUUGCUGGUACAAAUGGGCUUGAAGGGGGCUGGGAUGCACUGUGUCAGGGACAGGUGAAGGCAGAGGAGGCGCUGGUGUAUACAAUGCCAUGA